CCUCACAGAGCAGGAGAUAUUUCUACUAGUGGGAGGCAUCUUAAAGCAUAAACGAUCUUUUCCGUGACGCACAUUUAGCGCGAAACUCGGUUUUGAAAGCUAGCUAAAGUGAAAGCGGAGAAGUUAGAAAUGAGUAAAAAGGAUAACGGCGCGACACUCAUCCUCGCCUAUCUGAAUGAGAAGAACCGACCCUACAGUUCCCAGGAUGUCUUUUGCAAUUUGCAGAAGCAGCAUGGAUUGGGAAAAACGGCAGUGGUCAAAGCCAUGGAGCUGCUGGCUCUAGAGGGCAAGAUAAAGGAGAAAGCAUAUGGCAAGCAAAAGAUUUAUUUUGCUGACCAGUCUCAGUUCAAAGAUGUGAAUGACGCAGACCUGAAGGCGAUGGACUGUCAGAUCUCACAGCUCAGUGCAGAGAUGAAUUCCCUCAACCAGAGCUGCAGACAGCUAGAUUCAGAGCUGAAGGAGCUCAGCAGCUCUCUAACAACAGAGGAAGUGAUGUCAGAGAUCAAAACGCUGAAAGCCGAGUGUUCAGGGUACAGAGAACGUGUGGAGAAGAUAAAGUCGGCCACAAAUCACGUCACACCAGAAGAGAAAGAGAAGGUGUACAAAGAGAAGAACGCUUACGUGAAAGAGUGGAAAAAGAGGAAAAGAUUGGCUUCAGACAUGAUGAAUGCGAUCCUGGAAGGCUAUCCUAAGAGCAAGAAGCAGUUUCUGGAUGAAGUUGGAGUGGAGACUGAUGAGGACUGCAAGGUGGUUGUUCCAAGUACUUAAAAGAACAAGAAAACACUUGUUCAUCCACUUCAUCAAUCAGCUAAGAAUAUAAAUUAUAUAUCAGAGCCGUCUGAGCCACAGCACAGUCGUUAUUUAUAGUCUCUCUCUUGAAAAAAUACAUCUUUAAUAAAAGUUCAAUGGAAAAACUUCCACCGUAAUUGAAAAUAUAUUCAUACAAAAAUAGCUGUUAUUUUAAAGACGCUAACACUACGUCAUAUCAUUACGCAGCACUGUUGGCUGCUCGAUACCUUCAUAGGUAACAUUGGUUUAUUUAUCUUUUUUAAAGCCGUGAAACCAAUCCUGAGCCUGUGAUGAAAAUGUCAAAUGAAUUAGUCAUUAUUGCUUUGAGAGCUGUACGUUCUUUGUUUGUAUGGUUAAGUCCAUAUUGCUGCCAUGUUUUUUGAAAACUACAUAAAAGAACCACAAUGUAUAAACUAUGGGGGGUUAUUCCUGACCUUCAGGUAUUAUGGGAGGUUGUCAGGUUUUUCUCCUCUCCUUUGUUAAUCAUCCUUUGUACCGUUCAACUCAGUAUGGUUUCCAAGUUAUUAAAUGUUCAUGUUUUGUUGUGCUAUAAGAAUUUCUCCAACAAAAAACUUUAACUUAGCUUAAAAUAUUUAAGAUAUUUUUCCGCUGCUGACAUGGGGACCAGUGCCUAUUAGGAUUUGUCUUUUUCUGCUGAACUUUUAUUUCCAAAAUUAAACUGGAAAAACAUUCAAUACCUUUCUUUAGAUAGGUUCAUGUCACUCUGAUGAUGAUAUACAGUAGGUGCUUUUUUUUUUGUAUAGAACUAACAAAGACAAUAUUCAAAGCAA